AUGUAUAAUCAGAUCGAACCCUAUGCUGUAACGUUACUUCAAGUUCCUCAACCAAUCUGCUACAGUUCUCUCUAUAUCUGGUACUUGAAAGUCCUUCCUAUAAAAAACGACAGAGAUGGGCGUCUUUUGCCAGCAACACAUUUCUUCUACUCAUUCGUCAAUCCUCUCAGUCUAGAGAGGAUUACAAGGCUCCCUCCGCUACUUACCGACUUACAAUCGAUACAGCAGACUUCUGGUGCAUCACUGUACUAUACGACGUAUACCACGUCUGAAACGGUGAAUGAGCUUUGCGGAAACUUUCCCGGAGCCGGUUCCGAAGUACCAGAUGAGCACACGACGUUUGAAGUCAAAAGUGACCCGACACUUCCAGAUGUCACUACAAUCCCAACGGCGUCCGUAACAAAUCCGGAAUUUCUGACGAAUACAACUUUCGCCCCAAUCAAAUCGGUUUUUGAAAUUGUGGGAACCUCAAUCGUGUCGGAAGAUAUCCCAAAUGACAAUGAUGCUUAUGCUUACGUAAGCUCACCCUUGAUCUCGACACCUUUAACAGAAACAAAACCUAAAGACUGCGCCACCGGCUGGGAAGCAUCAACCUUUGAGCAGAAAGAAAGCGAUGAUUCUACUGAUAAGCACAAUCGACGUCUUAUAAGCAAUUCGAAUCUUGACAUUGAAAAGGUUGAAGCUUUUUUCGGUGUUAAGAUGGAGACAAAGCUCAAGAAACUUCCGACGGAGUCUGCCCACACGACGGCACCAUGGGCUGCUCCGUACUGGCCUACGUACCAAGACAGCAUCAACGUUGUCUGGAGUCCAGGAAAUCCAAGUGCUUCUGCGAAGUACGCCAUGGCCUUCGGUAAGAAUGUGACAAAGUUCAUGGACAACAUCUCUGCAAAAUACGGAAUUGAUUCAAGGAUCAAUGCCCGUCAGUGCUCGGAGUCUGCUCAAUGUGCUGGUACCGACAUUGCCAGUAAUUGUUCUAAGCGCGAAGGCGAGAGCACAGGCCGCUGUGUUCCAACGUGGUUUGGUAUCUGUCACGCUUGGGCCGGAGCAGCCAUCUCGGAGCCCGAACCAGAGUGUCCAGUGACGCACAAUGGCGUGACGUUCCAGCCUCUAGAUCUAAAGGGUUUAGUCUCGGUCAUUUAUGAUGAUACUAAGGUUGGGACCGUCUUCACCGGUGCUCGCUUUCGAACAGGCACCACUGAGAGGGAUGCGUAUGGCCGCUCAAAGGAUCCCGCUUUACGUGAUAUGAAUCCGGGUUUUUUCCACAUUGUUGCCACGAAUAUUCUUGGCAAGCUUAAGUCUUCAUUCAUUGUUGAUGUCUCGGCAGGAAGAGAAGUUUGGAAUCAGCCUGUACGUGGUUUCAAGGUCUUUGAACAAACUGCCAUGUCGCUUAAAGAAGCCGCACAAACCUUUUAUGGACUAGAAAAAUACCCUUGGAAUGAAGCUGCUAAGAGCAUCGUGUACGUAAAAACUCGUCUAUCGUGGAUCGUCGAGUCUUAUGAGGAUGGUCCUCUUGUGUCUUCAAAAAAGAUUGAUCAGUACACGAAUGGUAUGUACUACUACUAUCUGCUUGAAUUGAAUAAGAAGGGCUUAAUUGUUGGUGGCGAAUGGGUGUACAAUUCGGACGUGGAUCACCCUGACUUUAUGUGGCUUAUUCGGACAAAACCUGCCCCCGACGCCGUGACUAGCACGGGGAUCAGCUACUCAGAAGUGAGCAUGCUACUAAAAAAGGCGGUGAAAUGCUCCAAAUCUCCUUCAAGCUCGACUGGAGGAAAUCAAAAUACGACGUUCCCGGCCACCGAGGCUCUUGGUAACGUGAAUCCUGCAAUUCCUCUCGUAAAUAAUACCGUAGAUCCCAACAACCAAGACCGGAAUAACUCGAGUGGAAACAAUCCCAACGUUCAAGGUAGCAACAGUCAGGGAGGCCAGAUUAGAACUGACAGCACCAACACGAGCAGCAGCCAAACGCCGUAA